AUGUCUUCGAUGCCAAAUAUGUCUUCUGAUGUAAAUCAACAUUAUGUAGAAACAUCAAAAGUACAUACCAAAGAGUUUUUAGAUAGAAUUGCUGUCCCAAUUUGUGAGUCUGAAUUAAAAUUAAAUGAUAAAGUUGAAGAUUUGACAGAAUACAACAUAUCUCCUUUACCUGAAGCAUUGUUGCAAACAGUGAAGAUUAAAAAAGGAAAUAAACCACUGGGUAUAAAUGUUGAAAUUACAUGCAGAGGUAUUAAUGGCAUACUUGUUAAAUCAAUAAUAAAAGGCAGCAGUAUUCACAAAGAUGGUCAUAUCAGAGCAGGUGAUUAUAUCUUAGUUAUCAAUGGUAAAAGUGUGCGUAAUAUGAAUGAACAGGAGGCAUCAUCAAUACUUAAAGAAGCAGAAAAUAAUUCAGAAGUUACGUAAGUAUUAUAUUAUGUAUAAAUUAAACAUAUGCAUAACAUAUACAUAUUUUUAAAAAUCUGUAAAUUGAAACACAAAAU